AUGGGAGAGCCGUCGUCACGACGCUGUGACGUAAUAGGUCUCAAAAUGCGUGUGGUCGCUGGAUUGGGACUCAGCCUUACACGCCUCUAUGCAGCUUCUCUCCUCCUGCUACCCCCCCAAAACCCCAUCUCCAUUGAGACUGUGGUUAUUUCCAUGGUGACCAACCUCAUGGCUACCGCUACAGAGACCAUAGUGCAAACCACAGGAAACCUGUCAGACCAUAAAGAAAGAGGAAGUGAAUUUGGUCGUACCCAUCAGGAACUAAACCCGUCUGUGCUGAGUGCUGCUGAGAGUAACUCUGUUCUCCAUGGAAUCAUAGUGGCAGCUCAGGCACUGAUACUGCUGUCUGUAUUCCUUCUCUCCUGUCUUGGUAACUCAGCAGUUGUCGUCGUUAUCAUCAAGCACAGGCAACUUCGAACAGUGACUAAUGCUUUUAUCAUGUCGCUGUCGCUAUCGGACUUCCUCACGGCUGUCUUGUGUCUGCCAUUCUCUUUUGUUAUGCUUUUCAGUAAGGAUGGAGUCUGGAUGUUUGGGGAUCGUUUCUGUGUUGCCAAUGGGUGUUUGAACACCUGCUUUGGUAUUAUCGCCACCCUGACAAUGACUUUGAUAUCCUUUGAUAGGUACUAUUCCAUUGUCAGACAACCACAGGCUAAAAUAGGCAGACAGAAAGCAGCCCAGUUAUUGAUUGCAGUGUGGAUAACUGCUGUCAUUUUCUCUCUGCCUUGGUAUCUGGUAAUCCGAACACCUAAAGAAAUCCACAAGCGGUUUUACCACUGCAUGUAUGUGUUCCACUCUGGCACCUCACUCAUGGGAACAGCUUAUAGCAUCUGUCUGAUCAUUGUAUGUUAUUUAUUGCCUUUUUGCCUGAUGUGUUUUUGCCAUUACAACAUUUGUAAGACUGUUCGGCUCUCAGAAAUACGAGUCAGGCCUGUGACCACAUAUGCAUACUUACUUCGAUUUUACAGUGAAAUGCGAACAGCCACCACAGUUCUGAUAAUGAUUGUUUUCGUUAUUUUUUGCCGGGGGCCAUAUUGUCUAAUGGGGCUAGUUACUGCUAUAGGGGACUACACAUUUAAUCCUGCAAUGGACACAGUGGCCAUUUGGCUAGCUUGGGCAAAUGGAGCCAUUAACCCUCUGAUCUAUGCUCUGAGGAACCCAAAUAUAGCCAUGUUACUGGGACGCAGUAGAGAGGAGGGCUAUCGGACCAGAAAUAUUGCUGCAUACCUCUCCAGCCAAACUCAGAACCACGAGGCCCGGUUUAACAAUGCAGAGAGGAUAAAAGAUCGCUACCUGAGUCGCGCAGGGCUUAACAGCCAGCUGUUGACUUCGAGUCCUGGAAAAACAGGAGGGGGAGGAGAAGUGUCAAUGUGGGCUUGUAAAAACCCUGCUGUGUACUUCUGUAAGGACACUCAGCAAAAUACUGCAUCACUGCCAAACUCAGUUGGCGCUCAAAAGACAAAGAGACCUGACACGAGCCUUUGAGAUUGUAGAGUUUGCAUUAUCUAAGAGUUGGUUUCAUCAUAAGUGUUAUUGCUAUGAAUCAAGAUUUGUUUUAAAGACUUGAUACUGUGUAUGACCCCUGAGACCAAAACUCUUAUGUUUAUGAUUAACAUUGUGCUCCAGGUAUGAACAACACAAAGAAUAAUUUGAGUUGUUCAUACUAAAAUGAUCAUAUUUACACUGUGCAAGUAUCAUCUUGGA